UGAGGCACUCAAGAGGCAACCGGGUUCUGGCCGCGCAGGUGUUGGGUUCUGCAGUUCCUUUCGGUUGUGAUGGUCGCAAUGUUUUUCUCCGAGGCUGGGGCCCGGCCAUGGACGUGGGAAGCCAGCCCCUCAGAACACAAGAAAUGGGUGGAAGUAUUUAAAGCAUGCGAUGAAGAUAACAAAGGCUAUCUAAGCAGAGAGGACUUUAAAGUUGCUGUCUUAAUGCUGUUUGGGUACAAGCCCUCCAAGAUUGAAGCUGAUUUCGCGAUGUCUUCAGUAAAUCCAAAUGCUUCCGGUAUAUUGCUUGAGGAGUUUUUAAGUAUUGUUAGAAAAAAGAAGGAAGUUCGACUCCAUUGGAAUGAAAUAAGACACAUCUUCACAGCUUUUGACAGGCACUAUCGUGGGUAUUUAACUUUUGAAGAUUUCAAGAAAGCAUUUAAGCAGGUGGCUCCCAAGUUAUCAGAAAGGACUGUUCUGGACGUAUUCAGAUGCUGGUAUUACUUGCAUGGCAGAAUCCUGGAGGAGGUCAUUCCACAUGGUCUUCCACUGGCGCUCGUAGCCCUGAGCCAGGCUGCUGCUGGCUCUGCCACUGGGGGUGGCCCCACACCUCCUCUUCUCUCUCAAUCCACCACGCCCACCCACACUGCAGGCUGGGGUACUCCACUCACCAGUCCUCACCACCCCACCUGCUCGCUCCGUGAUUCUCAUCGGUUCCUAAUGUCUGGAGAGAAGUUGAUUUUUCCUGCCAAUGGUACCAGUUUCCUUCUUGCGUUCAACUUUGUUUGAACAAAUAAUAGCACCUGUGUGUACUGAGUGCUUAACGAUGUUCCAAGCGAUGAACAAAAAAGCACUGGAAAAACAAGGACUUAAGAUUUCUCUAGGAUAAAGUACCCAGUGUCAAAAUCUUCAUUGAAAAAUGGCCCUAGGGCACUCGCUAUACAAAAUUUAAAGAAACAAAUUGGGCUGGCACGAGUAAGUCUUCUCCAGCUGGAUACAGAGAAAG